AUGAUUGUUUCGCUUAUAAAGGGACAGAUAGAUAGAGAAGGAGAAGAGAGAGAAGAGACAGAAGAGGAGACAGCAGCAGCAGCAGCAGCAGCAGCAGCAGCAGAAGAAGAGGAAGAAGAAGAGGAGACAGCAGCAGCAGCAGCAGCAGCAGCAGAAGAAGCAGAAGAAGAAGAGGAGACAGCAGUAGCAGCAGCAGCAGCAGCAGAAGAAGAAGAAGAAGAAGAGGAGAUAUCAGCAGCAGCAGCAGCAGCAGCAGCAGCAACAGGAGCAGCAGCAGCAGCAGAAGAAGAAGAAGAGGAGACAGCAGCAGGAGCAGCAGGAGCAGCAGCAGGAGCAGCAGCAGCAGCAGCAGAAGAGAGAGAAGAACAAAUGCAUGCGUUUUGUUUAUUUUCAUUUAUAAAUUUUUCUACUACACCAAUACGAUAUUUCUUUUUUAUAAUAAAUAAAGACUCUAAAGAAACAGCAGCAGCAGCAGCAGCAGCAUCUGCUGCUGCUGCUGCUGCUGCUGCUGUUGCUGCUGCUGCUGCUGCUGGUGGUGGUGGUGUUGAUGCUGCUGCUGCUGCUGGUGGUGGUGGUGUUGCUGCUGUUGUUUUUUGUGUUUUGUUUGUAUUUGUAUGUUGCUGCUGGUGUUUAUAA